UUCCAUCAAUACAACAGUUUAUUAGUUAACACCAUGUAGCAGAGAAAGUUAAAUAUCUUCUAAGUGAUAAAGUCGUCGAUAAUAACUAAAAUAAAUGUAUUAACCGGAAAUAUUCAAGUUCAAGAUACUCGUAAUCCCAUGUCACAGAUCAAAAGUUUCUCGUACAAAAGUGUACCUAACCCUACUUUUCAGAACGUCAAAUGUCGGAAUUUUGCCGAAGGGUGACCAAAUGCUUUUAUUACCAGUAGUUGAGAGGAUCGUACAAGGAUUGCGUACCACUGCGCAAAUAAUUGUUUUGAAAUUCAAAGGUGCAUUGACAAACCAACAAGCUGACGUGUGGAUUCAAACUAAGGAUUCAAUUUGCAGUGAUCGUCUAAUUUCGAAGGAAACUUAAACAAAAAUGGCCUCAAAGGAGGAAGAUAAUCUUCCCGAAAACAAAAAACUGGCACGCAAAGCUAAAGAACAAGGAAACGAUGCAUAUAAGAAAAAAGAUUUUUCGGCUGCUUUGAAUCACUACAAUGCUGCUCUCCAACACGAUCCUACGGAUAUCACAUUCCAUAACAACAUUGCCGCAGUAUAUUUCGAACAAAAGGAGUUUCAGAAGUGUAUUGCCGAAUGUGAGAAAGCGGUUGAGGUAGGUCGAGAGAAUCGAGCGGAUUACAAAUUGAUAGCAAAGGCUUUCACACGAAUUGGUAAUUCUUAUCGGAAACUAGAAGAUCAUAAAUCUGCCAAAACGUAUUUCGAGAAGAGUCUUUCCGAGUACAGAACACCGGAAGUCAAAGCACUACUUAGCGAUACGGAGAAGAAAAUUAAGGAAAUGGAGAGACUGGCGUAUAUUGACCCUGCAAAGGCUGAAGAAGAGAAGGAGAAAGGUAAUGAUUUCUUCAAAAAGGGCGAUUACAGCACAGCCGUUAAACACUACACCGAAGCGAUUAGUCGCAAUCCUGACGAUGCCAAGUUGUACAGCAACCGAGCGGCAUGCUACACUAAACUUGCUGCGUUUGAUCUAGGCCUUAAAGAUUGUGAAAUGUGUUGCAAACUAGAUGAAACCUUCAUCAAGGGUUGGAUUCGCAAGGGAAAAAUUCUACAGGUAAUGCAAAAAUCCUCGGAAGCGCUUACCGCGUAUCAGAAAGCACUGGAAAUUGACCCUGCUAAUGCGGAAGCACUAGAAGGUUACCGAGCUUGUACGAUGGCCGUACACGCGGAUCCCAAGGAAGUCUGGAAGAAGGCAAUGCACGAUCCCGAAGUGCAGCAAAUCUUGAAAGAUCCGGCCAUGCGAGUUAUCCUCGAGCAGAUGCAAAAUGACCCCAAAGCUGUUCAAGAGCACCUGAAAAAUCCGCAAGUAGCAUCUAAAAUCCAGAAAUUGUUGGAAUCGGGUAUCAUCCAAAUUUAUUAAAAUAAAACUACUGCGGAUGACGUUCGCCUGAAAAGUGUUCAACAAAUGACAGUCAACGCAUAAAAAGGAACUUUCUGGCAUACUAGUGCGAAGGAAUACGAAAAUUAGUGCUACACUUAAGCGUUUCUUAUUUUACUUCCCUAUUUUUUUUUCUAAUAUAUCAUCGGCAACCAAUUGCAAAAGGAACGUUUAAUCAUUAGCAGAGGAGCAGCAUCGAAUAACUAAUUAACAGUAUAUUCAGCCAGUAAAAGAAAUUGGCCGAAUGAUAAUAAAUUUCAGUGAUGUAAAAACUUGCUUAGGUGAAACAAAACAGUUGCUCUAUCACUUUUGUGGACACAGCGGAGUAGUUAAAAACUAGCCAGGACACCGUUGCAGUAACAAUUGAAAUAAAGCUAGGAUUAUGAACUAAUGAAGUGGGAUUUUCAAAGCAUCAAA